AUGGAGAUUGAGCCGGAGAAGCAAGUCAAGUAUGUCGCCUAUAGACUCAAGGGUGGCGCAAGCGCGUGGUGGUCUCAAUUGUUGCAGUCAAGACGGCGGGAAGGACGGGGUUCUGUUCGUAGUUGGGUGCGGAUGAAACAACUCCUGCGCGCACAUUUCCUUCCGACAGAUUACGAGCAGAUGCUAUACUUAAAGUACCAGCAUUGCUCGCAAAAUCAUUGGUCAGUCAGCGAAUACACAGAAGAGUUUUAUAGUUUAUCGGCGAGGAAUGACCUGAAUGAAACUACUAACCAGCUGGUCGCCCGAUACAUUGGGGGCUUGAAAGACAUCAUCCAAGACAAAUUAGAACUAAACUCAGUCUGGUCCCUCUCUCAAGCUGUGAAUUUUGCUCUCAAAACAGAAAUGCAGCUGGCUCGGCAUGGAAAAGGUAGUUCAAACCGGAGAAGCACGGUAGAGACCAGGUUUGAAAAUGCUAAAUCGCCAGGAACAAUUAUCCACAAAACACCACCUCUGGUAGAUCACAGUGCUUCAGUGAGUUCAUUGAAUACCAAUGUUGACACCAAGAUGCCAGUGAAGCCCAGGGGUCCAAUUAGGGACAAUCCUUAUCCAAGGCCACAAGGUCUCAAAUGUUUCAGAUGCUUUCAACCCGGGCAUAAGUCCAACGAAUGCCCUAACAGACAACAGAUACAACUACUUGACGGGAAAGGGGAGUUUGAGCAGGAGCCUCCAGACGAGGAGCAUCACGAAGAUGUCGAAGACGUGAUUGCAGACGAAGGCGAACCUCUAAUGUGCAUGCUGGAAAAAUUGCUCUUGGCUCCAAAGAAGCAGAUUAAUUCUCAGAGGCACUCAAUUUUCAAAACUAAAUGCACCAUAGGAGGAAAGGUAUGUGACUUAUUGGUGGAUAGUGGUUGCACGGGGAAUGUGGUCUCUCGCGUCGUGGUGCAAGCACUUCAAUUGAAGACGACGAAGAAUCCUCAACCCUACAAAAUCAGCUGGGUCAAGAAAGGCAUGGAAAUCUCGGUUACGGAUAUGUGCCGAGUUCAAUUUUCCAUUGGGAAGCACUACUCAUGUGAGGUGUUAUGCGACGUAGUUGAUAUGGAUGUAUGCCAUUUAAUCUUGGGCCGUCCAUGGCAAUUUGAUGUAGGAGCUAUGUAUGAUGGUCGUGCUAACACUUACUCCUUAGAGUGGAAAGGCCGACGACUGCGUUUGCUACCUAAUUCGUCACCGGGAGACAAGACAAGGACGGUGCCAUCGGUCCUUCAGUUUGUUACAGGUAGUGCAUUAUUAAAUUUGUAUCAAGAAAAUUCCCUGCUGUUUGCUUUGGUCCUCAGGGAAACUGCUCCAGCGACUGAGAUCAACAAAAUCACUGUCAAGUAUCGCUUCCCAGUGCCACAGGUGGAAGAGCUGCUAGAGAAGCUGUCCGGAGCCACCAUUUUCUCAAAGUUGGAUCUCCGAAGUGGGUACCAUCAAAUCCGUAUUCGUCCAGGCGAUGAGUGGAAAACUGCAUUCAAAACUCGCCAUGGAUUAUACGAGUGGCGGGUCAUGCCCUUUGGGCUUUGUAACACGCCUUCUACCUUUAUGCGGUUAAUGACAGAGGUCCUUAAACCAUUCAUCAAAAAAUUCUGCGUUGCUUAUUUUGACAAUAUUCUCAUAUAUAGUACUUCCCAUGCACUUCACUUGGAACAUCUGUCCAAGAUUCUGACUGUUCUCCGCCAACAUCAACUCUACUUGAAGUGUGAGUUUGCUUCGCCUGCUGUAUAUUUUCUGGGCUUCGUAGUUUCCUCUGCAUGCAUACAAGUCGAUAAACGCAAGGUUGAGGCUAUCACGUCAUGGCAAACUCCCCGUUCGUUCAUGGAUGUCUGCAGCUUUCACGGGCUCGCCAACUUCUAUCGCCGUUACAUCAAGGAUUUCAGCACAGUCAUGGCACCUAUUACCGACUAUUUAAAUCUUAAACAGUAUUUUUGGGGAGACGAUCAACAAGUGAGCUUUGCAGCAAUCAAGUUGGCCUUAUCAACUGCGCCGGUACUGGCCUUACCAAAUUUUGACAAACCAUUUCAUGUGGAUGCCGAUGCUUCAAGCACGGGCAUUGGAGCGGUAUUAAGUCAUGAGAACAGAGCUGUGGAGUUCUUCAGCGAAAAGCUAUGUCCGGCGAGUCAAAAGUGGAGUGUUUACGAGCAAGAACUCUACGCGGUGGUGCGAGCUUUUAAGCAGUGGGAGCCUUACCUUCUUCACCAGGAGUUUAUUCUCAGUAGCGAUCACCAGGCGUUGCAAUUCAUCAACAGUAAAAAACAUAUCAACCGUAUGCACGCUCAAUGGAUACUGUUCUUGCAACAAUUCAAUUUCGUCUUGCAACACAAGGCGGGUGCACAGAACAAGGUUGCGGACGCCAUCAGCCGGUGGAGUGUCCUUCUCACACAGCUGCAAACCGAGAUAACGGGUCUGGAUUGCUUAAAGGAUUUAUAUGCGACGGGUCAGGACUUCUCUAAAAUUUGGAAAUAG